AUGGUGGACGUGGGCAGCACUUUGAACGACACUUUCUGCAAUUGGCUGCUGGUUUUGUUCAGCUGUGGUAGGCAGGAAGAGAUGGAGGAAGCCGCAGUUGUUAGCUGGUCAAUUUGGCGUGCCCGUAACAACUUUGUUUGGCAACAAAGGAGCCGUACUGCUGCAAAUGUGGUUGCUUCAGCAAGAACUUUGCUUGAUCAAUACAAAUCCGCUCAAAAAAGAAAGGGUCUUUCUUUGUCUCCGUUGAUUGAUGGGGACCGUGUGCUUGAGCGUUGGACUGCACCUGCUAUAAAUAAGAUCAAAGUUAAUGUUGAUGGCGCUUUGUUUGAGUGA